UAAUUUUCACAACAAACGUUAUAUUCGACUUUAUAUGAUUUGAGCACAAACAUUAAUAAAGUUUUUACAAAAUGAGAAUUUUUCAUCAUGAUGUGCGUUCUGUUCUUGUCCUAUUUCUUGUGUCCUGUCUUCUUGGCUCAUCAUUAGAAGCAAAGCUCUGUAGCGAUGAUGACAAGGACGGCGACAAUGGUUGUUUCCGGUCUAGGGUUUUGGCAGCGCAACGAGCUGAUCUAGUGAAGGAGCUUCCGGGACAACCACCGGUAAAAUUCCGGCAAUACGCCGGUUAUGUGACGGUGAAUGAGACACAUGGAAGAGCAUUGUUUUAUUGGUUCUUUGAAGCCACUCAGAAUCCAAACAAAAAACCUCUUCUUCUUUGGCUCAAUGGAGGACCAGGAUGUUCAUCGGUCGGAUUUGGAGCAUCAGAAGAACUCGGACCAUUUUUCCCUCAAAACUCAACUCAACCUAAUCUCAAGCUAAACCCAUACAGCUGGAACAAAGCGGCGAAUUUAUUGUUCUUGGAAUCGCCGGUGGGAGUUGGAUUCUCCUACUCUAACACAAGCCGUGAUAUAAGUCAACUCGGCGACACCGUCACAGCUAGUGACUCGUACAACUUCCUCGUCAAUUGGUUCAAGAGAUUCCCUCAGUACAAGUCUCGCGACUUUUACAUUGCUGGAGAAAGCUAUGCCGGCCAUUACGUUCCUCAACUUUCGGAGCUCAUUUACAAUCAAAACAAGAUAGCACCCAAGAAAGAUUUCAUAAACCUCAAGGGUCUAAUGAUCGGGAAUGCAUUGUUGGACGACGAAACAGAUCAAAAGGGUAUGAUAGAUUACGCGUACGAUCACGCAGUGAUAUCAGAUGGAUUGUACGAGAGAGUGAAUGAACACUGCGACUUCAGACUAGAGCAUGUCUCCAAGGAAUGUGAUGGAGCUUUAGAUGAGUAUUUUGAUGUAUACAAGAUCCUUGACAUGUACAGUCUCUAUUCCCCAAAGUGUGUUCCUACCACCGAGAACUCUUCCAGUUCACAUUCUGUCGCCGGAAGCCGCCACCUUCCUGCUGCCCGAGGCCUCUUUAGGCCCCGUCUCAUCUCCAACAAUGAGGGAUGGCGGAAGAUGGCGGCCGGGUACGAUCCAUGUGCAUCGGACUAUACCGAAAAGUAUAUGAAUAGGAGAGAUGUUCAAGAGGCACUUCAUGCCAAUGUCACCAACAUCGCUUACCCUUGGACUCAUUGCAGCGAUCACAUCUCGUUUUGGUCAGACGCUCCCGCUUCCAUUCUUCCUACCUUAAGAACACUUGUUUCAGCCGGAUUACGAGUAUGGGUUUUCAGUGGGGAUACAGACGGAAGAAUCCCAGUGACGGCAACCAGAUACUCAUUAAAGAAGCUAGGUCUUAAGACAGUCCAAGACUGGACACCUUGGUACACCAACAAGCAACAAGUCGGCGGGUGGACGGUGGAGUACGACGGGCUAAUGUUUGUGACGGUGAGAGGAGCGGGACACCAAGUUCCAACAUUCAAACCUAGAGAGGCUCUUCAGCUUGUUCAUCAUUUUCUUGCUAACAAGAAACUUCCUACGUUUCCCUUUUGAUUAUUUCUCUACCACUCCAGAUUAUUGAUCAUCUCUAUAUAAUUGUUCAGAAAAUUAAUAAACAGAUUUAAGCAUGUGUAUUUAAGCAAAUACACAUGCCAUUAGACUUUGUAUACAUGGCUCAUCUUGGUACU